AAAAACGCACGGCCCCCAUCUGAAUCGAACUGUCAUUUAAUUUAUUUUAAUUGUAAAUUCUCUCAUCUUUCGUGUGCCUGUGCAUCUGUUCAAUUAUUAGCCCAAAACAAUGGCAUCCGAAGCCGCUAAAGAUCAAAAACCAAAUGAGAAAAUAAUCCAAGAAUUUCAAUUGUUACGAAAUGAACAACGAAGUUUGGUAAACAACCUCAACACUCUGGAAAUGGACCUUAAAGAACACAAAACUGUGAUAGAAACACUUAAGUUAGUCGGCGAUGAUCGAAAAUGCUUCCGUCUGAUUGGUGGCGUUCUGUGCGAACGAACAGUCAAGGACGUGCUGCCGCAAUUACUGGAAAACAAAGAAUUCAUCGAGAAAACCAUCACAGUGAUAAACCAAGAUCUUUCCAAAAAAGGACAACAGAUCAAUAAGUUCAAACAGGAUCACAACAUCCGCAUUCGUGGUGAACAAAUGCCAGAUAGUAAAGAGGACGAAAAGAAAUCCGACGCCUCCUCAUCGUCAAGCAAUGCCAAUCGCAAUGUCUUGGUUUCCAACUAAAACUUAAAAAAGAAAA